AUGGCCGUCACUAUUAGGAAUGUUGAAUUUAUGAACAAUCCAGCGCGUUUUUCUGAUGUGUAUCGAUUCCGAGUCACCUUUGAGUGCAUUGCGCCUCUCGACGAUGAUCUCGAGUGGAAACUCAUCUUUGUAUCAUGUCCCGGAGACGAAGCCCUCGACCAGGAGCUCGACGACUGCCUAGUCGGACCCGUACCACAGGGCGUCAACUCGUUCGAAUUUGAAGGACAAGCACCCGACCCGUCACGGAUACCCGAAGAAGACGUGCUCGGAGUGGCAGCUCUUAUACUCACGGGCUCCUAUCGCGACCAGGAAUUCGUUCGGGUCGGCUACUAUCAAAACACGGAGUACGAUAAUGAGGAGAUGAAGGAGACGCCGCCGCCGAAGAUUCACUUCAACCGGCUUGUUCGGGAUAUCAGUACAAAGCCUCGCGUGACGCGGUUCCAUAUCAAGUGGGAUGUAUCACCCCCACAACCCGCACAAGCUGCGCUUGGUGCAGCCAACUCGGCUCCGGUGCCCUCCGCAGACGACAUCACGAAGGCCGACGACCAAAUGGCCAUUGAUAAACCUAAUGGAAGAUAG